UGCAUUUCUCAUCGCCUCUUAAACUCCUUCAAGUUUCAGCAAUUAACUCCUAACUCUUGAUUCUUCCUUUGAUCUCAUUUUUCCAAACCCUUUUAGCUACCAUGGCAGUUCUAUCUUAUGAAUCAGAGUUCACUUCCUCUAUCCCUCCGGCUAGGCUUUUCAAGGCCUUUGUGCUUGAUGCAGACAACCUCUUCCCAAAGCUCGCUCCCAAUGCUGUUAAGUCUGUUGAAAUCAUUGAAGGAGAUGGAGGAGCUGGAACCACCAAGAAGAUCACCUUCGGCGAGGGCAGCCACUUCAACUAUUCAAAGCAAAAGAUUGAAACAGUUGACAAAGACAACUUCGUCUAUGCCUACAGUUUGAUAGAAGGAGAUGCCUUAACAGACAAACUUGAGAAAAUCUCUUAUGAGAACAAGUUUAUAGCAGCUGAUGGAGGAUCCAUUAUCAAGAGCGUCAGCAAAUACCACACCAAGAGCGAUGACCAUGAUAUCACAGAAGACAAAAUCAAGGCAGGAAAAGAAAAGGCUGCCCAUCUCUUCAAGGUUGUUGAGAAGUACCUCCAGGAGAAUCCUGAUGCCUACAACUAAACCAAUUUUAUUGUUCACUGAAGUGUGAUUUCCUAUAGUUUAUGCCCAUAAAUAUCAGUUUCUUUCGGCAAGUUUUUGUUUCUCAGAAUGUUGAAGUGUGAACAUUUUGUAUUUCUUUUAUUAUGAUCAAAUAAAAACAUCAGGUGAGCGAUCACCAAAUAUAGCAUUGUCAAA